AUGGGGGCCCCUCAACCAGCAGUGACCUCUGUCCUCAGCCGAGGCUGGCUGCAAGUGCCCACAGUGUCACGUGGAGCUGGCACCAGCAAGGCCACCAGAGCCAGCAGAGCCGAGCUGGGAGCAGCUGCAGGGCCGGGCAGAGGGAUGGCUGGACAGAUGGACAGUGAUGCCAGUAAGUGGCUGGGAGCCCCACUGGAGCAGUUGCCCACCCCGGCGCUGACGCUGGACCAGGCGAAGGUUCGGCGCAACGCGGAGCGGAUGCGGGAGCGGUGCCGAGCCCUGGGGCUGCGCCUGCGCCCCCACGUCAAGACACACAAGACGCUGGAAGGGGCGGAGCUGGCGACGGGCGGCGGGCACGGUGGCAUCGUGGUGUCCACGCUGGCCGAGGCUCGGUUCUUCGCGGCGGGAGGCUUCCAGGACAUCCUCUACGCCUACCCGCUGCCGGUGGGGAGGAUGCAGGACUGCCUCAGCUUGGCCCAGCAACUCCAGAACUUCCAGGUCCUCCUGGACACCCCCGAGGGCUUGGCUGUCCUUCGCCGGCACCCUCUGCCCGCCGGCAAGCGCUGGCACGUCUGGCUCAAGCUUGACUGUGGCAAUGGAAGGGCUGGCGUGAGACCCACAGACCCCAAAGCCAUGUCCCUUGCCCUGGCCAUCGCCCAGGAGGCACCGCAGGAGGUGGCACUGGUGGGAGUCUACGCUCACUGCGGGAACACCUACGGCUGCCAGGAUGUGCCAGCGGUGGAAGGCAUCGCCCGGGCCACCACCAUGGCUGUGACUGACUUUGUCACUGAGCUGCGUGCAGCGGGGGUGUCAUGUCCCCAGGCCAGCAUUGGAUCCACUCCCUCCUGCAGCCACCCGGUGCCAGAGAUGUCCCUGCUCACCGAGGUCCACCCUGGCAACUACCUCCUCUAUGACCUCCAGCAGAGCCAGCUGGGUUCCUGCCAGCUGGAGGACAUAGCCAUCCGUGUCCUGACCAGGGUCAUCGGGCACUACCCCCACCGCAACCAGCUGCUGGUGGACUGUGGCUGGACUGGCCUCAGCCUCCACGGCCGUGACCAAGCUCCUUUUGGCUGCGCUGCCAUCGAGGGACACCCUGAGCUCAGGUUGGUGGGGUUGACCCAGGAGCACGGGCAGGUGGAAGCCAUCGAUGGACAGUUGGAUUUUGAGAGCUUCCCACUGGGCAGCAUCUUGGCUCUCAUCCCCUUCCAUGCUUGUGCCACCACUGCCAUGCACCCUGUCUACUACAUCCAUGCCAAGGGGAAGGUGGUGGAGCUCUGGCACCCAGUCCGGGGCUGGUAG